UUGUUCUAUGGCGUCCGUUAGAGUAUUUUUUUUUUUUUCCUAAUAUUUUCCUAAAUUACCGGUGGUUUUUUUUUUUCUUUAUGGAAUUGUAGAUUAGUUUUGUAAGCAUUUACACGUACGUAAAAUGUCAAGAUUUUCCCUAUAAAUACCUACGUCAGUCACCAUUAAAGUGAUCACUCGAAUCGCAAAAAUGUCAGGAAUAGUGCACAAGAUAGAGGAGAAACUCCACAUGGGGGGAGACCACAAGGACGACGAUAAGAGGAAAGAGAAGGGCGAGGGACACAAGGAUAAGAUGAAGGAGAAGGGGGAGGGGCAUAGGGAGAGGAUCAAAGAGAAGCUACAUGGCGAAGAUCAUGAUCACAAGGAUGGAGAGAAGAAGAAAAAGAAGAAGAAGAAGAAGAAGGACAAGAAGGAGAAGAAGCAUGGCGAGGACGACGAUACUUGCGGCGGUAGCGCGUGAUUAGAUCUUAUCCCACCCAAGGACUCAUAUCCAUCCUUUCGCUCCUGGGUAUAUUUUGGGUUUUUGAUUCCUUAAUUCAUUCAUUUAGUAUUCCAUAUGUUACUGAGAAAGAAAUUUAAUAAAGAAAUGAAGACUAUAGGCACAUACUAAUAAUAUUAUUUGAACUUGUGACUUGAAAUAUGA